AUGAAUACUGGUGGUCGGCUCAUAGCUGGUUCUCACAAUAGGAAUGAGUUCGUUUUAAUCAAUGCAGACGAGAGUGCCCGUAUACGUUCAGUGGAAGAACUAAGUGGACAAUUAUGUCAAAUCUGUGGAGAUGAGAUAGAGCUUUCAGACGAUGGAGAGUCUUUUGUGGCGUGUAACGAAUGUGCUUUCCCUGUUUGUAGAACUUGCUACGAGUACGAGAGACGUGAAGGAAACCAAUCUUGUCCUCAGUGCAAAACUCGUUACAAACGCAUCAAAGGGAGUCCAAGAGUUGAAGGAGAUGAGGAAGAUGAUGGAAUUGAUGAUCUUGAUUUUGAGUUUGAUUACAAAAGUGGGUUAGGAUCUGAACAUGUUUUUGACCCCAACUCUGAGUUUGAUUUAGCUGCUCAUGGCUCUCAGAUGCCACUGUUGACUUAUGGAGAUGAGGACGUUGAGGUAUCUUCAGAUAGACAUGCUCUUAUUGUUUCUCCAUCUCCUUCCCAAAUCAAUAGGUUCCACGCCCAUUUUGCUGACCAGACUCGACAUCUAAGACCAAUGGUACCUCAAAAAGACCUUGCUGUCUACGGAUAUGGAAGUGUUGCCUGGAAGGAUCGCAUGGAGGAAUGGAAGAGAAAGCAGACAGAGACAUUAAAAGUGGUUAAACAGGACGAAGACUCCAGCCUCGGAGAUGAGAUUCCCAUGAUGGAUGAAGGAAGACAGCCACUAUCUAGAAAAGUACCGAUAAAGUCUAGCAAAAUAAACCCUUACAGGAUGAUGAUCAUCCUCCGUCUUGUGAUUCUUGGUCUCUUCUUCCACUACCGUAUACGCCACCCUGUUAAAGACGCUUACGCCUUGUGGCUAGUCUCCGUGAUCUGCGAGAUAUGGUUUGCUGUUUCUUGGGUUCUUGAUCAGUUCCCUAAAUGGUAUCCCAUAGAAAGAGAGACGUACUUGGACAGGCUCUCGUUGAGAUACGAGAAAGAAGGGAAACCAUCUGAGUUAGCUGGUGUUGAUGUCUUUGUGAGUACGGUUGAUCCGUUGAAAGAGCCUCCGCUUAUUACAGCAAACACUGUUCUGUCGAUACUUGCUGUUGAUUAUCCUGUGGAUAGAGUUGCUUGUUAUGUCUCUGAUGAUGGUGCUGCUAUGCUUACUUUUGAAGCACUUUCGGAGACAGCUGAGUUUGCAAGGAAGUGGGUUCCGUUUUGUAAGAAGUAUAGUAUUGAGCCACGUGCUCCUGAAUGGUACUUUUGUCAUAAGAUGGAUUAUUUGAAGAAUAAAGUUCAUCCUUCGUUUGUUAGGGAACGCCGAGCCAUGAAGAGAGAUUAUGAAGAGUUUAAGGUUAAGAUCAAUGCUUUAGUUGCGACUGCGCAGAAAGUUCCUGAAGAAGGUUGGACUAUGCAAGAUGGUACUCCUUGGCCUGGUAAUAAUGUUCGUGAUCAUCCUGGCAUGAUCCAGGUAUUCCUUGGAAACAACGGUGUACUUGAUGUAGAGAACCACGAGCUGCCUAGACUAGUGUAUGUUUCUCGUGAGAAGAGACCUGGAUUUGACCAUCAUAAGAAGGCUGGAGCUAUGAACUCUCUGAUACGAGUCUCAGGGGUUUUAUCAAAUGCUCCUUAUCUUCUAAACGUGGAUUGUGAUCACUACAUCAACAACAGCAAAGCUCUUAGAGAAGCAAUGUGUUUCAUGAUGGAUCCUCAGUCAGGAAAGAAGAUUUGUUACGUUCAGUUCCCUCAAAGAUUCGAUGGGAUUGAUAGACAUGAUAGAUACUCUAACCGAAACGUUGUCUUCUUUGAUAUUAAUAUGAAAGGUUUGGAUGGAUUACAAGGGCCAAUAUACGUUGGAACUGGAUGUGUUUUCAGGAGACAAGCACUUUAUGGAUAUGAUGCGCCGAAGAAGAAGAAGACUCCACGCAUGACUUGUAACUGCUGGCCUAAGUGGUGUCUCUUUUGUUGUGGUUUAAGAAAGAAUCGUAAGGCAAAGACAACAGAUAAGAAGAAGAAGAAGAACAAGGAAGCUUCAAAGCAGAUACACGCGCUAGAAAACAUCGAAGAAGGUGCCACUAACAACAACAACGUGAAAUCACCAGAGGCGGCUCAACUGAAGCUGGAGAAGAAGUUUGGACAGUCUCCUGUUUUUAUAGCCUCUGCUGGUAUGGAGAAUGGUGGUCUUGCUAGAGAGGCUAGUCCAGCUUCUCUCCUUAGAGAAGCAAUCCAAGUCAUUAGUUGUGGAUAUGAAGACAAAACCGAAUGGGGAAAAGAGAUUGGGUGGAUCUACGGUUCUGUCACUGAAGAUAUCCUAACGGGUUUCAAGAUGCAUUCUCAUGGAUGGAGAUCAGUGUACUGCACACCGAAGAUACCUGCUUUCAAAGGAUCAGCUCCCAUUAAUCUCUCUGACCGUCUCCAUCAAGUUCUUAGAUGGGCGCUUGGUUCUGUUGAGAUUUUCAUGAGCAGACAUUGUCCUAUUUGGUAUGGUUAUGGAGGUGGUUUAAAAGGGCUUGAGAGAUUGUCUUACAUCAACUCUGUGGUCUAUCCAUGGACCUCUAUACCACUUCUCAUCUACUGCUCUCUCCCUGCCAUCUGUCUCCUCACUGGAAAGUUCAUAGUCCCUGAGAUCAGCAACUACGCAAGCAUCCUCUUCAUGGCGCUUUUCGCGUCGAUAGCUAUAACAGGGAUUCUAGAGAUGCAAUGGGGUAAAGUAGGGAUCGAUGAUUGGUGGAGAAAUGAGCAGUUUUGGGUGAUAGGAGGAGUUUCAUCUCAUCUCUUUGCUCUCUUCCAAGGACUCCUCAAGGUUUUAGCAGGUGUCAACACAAACUUCACCGUCACGUCAAAGGCAGCAGAUGAUGGUGAGUUCUCUGAGCUUUACAUCUUCAAAUGGACAUCUCUCUUGGUCCCUCCCACCACUCUCCUGAUCAUGAACGUGAUUGGAGUCGUUGUGGGAAUCUCUGAUGCGAUUAGUAAUGGAUAUGACUCGUGGGGACCGUUGUUUGGGAGAUUGUUCUUUGCUCUUUGGGUUAUUCUUCAUCUUUACCCUUUCUUGAAAGGGUUGCUUGGGAAACAAGAUAGGAUGCCUACUAUUAUUCUGGUUUGGUCGAUUCUUCUGGCUUCUAUUUUAACCCUUCUUUGGGUUAGAGUCAAUCCCUUUGUGGCUAAAGGUGGUCCAAUACUUGAGAUAUGUGGUUUGGACUGUCUUUGAUUAUGAUGAUACAUAAAAGCGUUUUUCCACAGAGGUUUAAGUAGAGAGGAAAGUCUCAGACAUUUGUGUUUAUGUAUUGUGUUAUUAUUAUUAUUGAGGGGAAAACCUUAUUAGAUUGGAAAUGAAAAUGGAUUUAGAUAUGUAAUGUUUUAUUUUUCUUCUCAAAGGUGUUGUAUUGUACAUAUAGAAGAUGUUGUCUAUGUUCUUAUUAUAUAUUUUUGUGGUGAAAGUGAUUCAAAGAGAGAUGUUAUAUUAUUUGUUCUUUCAUUGAAUACUUUUGUGAAAUUUUCUGAAUAUUCAAGAUAAGAAGGGUUGUUUCAUUUCUUAUGGUUGAUAAAAAAAGAUGUUUGUUCUUUCAUUGAAUAUUUUGUGAAAUCUUUUGAAUAUUCCAG